AUGGCCGUAAUCUGCCAGAAGUAUAAAGCCGAGUAUUAUUUUGUCACAAUGUACGACACACGUCUACGCAUCCCCAUUUUCUCAGCUUAUAAUCUAGAUCCUUAUAGUACGGGUGAAAGAAAAGACAACUGGAAGAUUGAACCACAGCUUGCAGCCCCUGAACCAGAAAUGGUAUCGGAACAUAGUCGAAUCUACGAUCUCCUUGCAGACAGCCAGGCUUUUUCGAGUGAUUACGUAAAUGCUCCCACGUUCGACAGAGGACACUUGGCACCAGUGUGCCAUCAAUCGGAUCAGGAGAGCAUGAAUGCAACCUUCACUUUGACCAACACUGUGCCCAUGGAUGCAAAACUCAAUCGUGGACAAUGGAAAGCGUAUGAACAAAAUAUAAAACAAACUACUAGCUCGUGCCUUAGUACAUAUGCCAUUGUGGGUGUGGUACCUGGGAAUACACUCCUCAACAACAGAGUGAAUAUACCCAGUCAUAUCUGGGCUGCAAUUUGUUGUGAGUUUCGAAACCGAUCCAAAACAUCCUGGGCAUUCAUUGCUGAGAAUAAUAAUCAGAAUAAGGUAAUCAGUUUUACUCUGACGGAGCUGGAAAGAUUUCUAAGUUUCAAAUACGGGCACAGCAUUAAUCUUUUCAAUGGUGCUUGCAAAUGAUAUGAUUAAUAACGAAUAAGGUAAUUCUCUGUCUGCAAAAUAGAGUUCAAAAAU